UAUAUAUCGCGGCCUCGCGUCUCGCUGCAGCGGACGCGCCCGGGAAGAUUCCGUCGCCGCCAGACGACGCGCGUAUACUCUCGUUCCGAUUGAUAUACCGGGGUUGACACACCGGAACUGUCGUCGCCUAUUGUAAUAGAUAAAUUCGAUAAAUACUCGCUGCACACACUUUAUCGCCGCCCGACGAGAGUCCGCCGUCACAUAGGAACCUCGGACUUUACACGCGAGUUAUUACGAUAACGAUUGAUAAUUACUCGUCCUUCGUGGUUUUUUUUAUCCAGACGUUUUGCACGUAUAAUAAAGGCAUAAGUAUACGCGCUACCGCGUGCGUGGCACGUUGUGUGCACGUGCUAAAGGCGUGCGCGUGUACCGUAGGCACCGCAGCGUUACAAUUUUGGCAAUCCACCAUCAGUCGACGUCGUGGUGUCGGCCGUGAGGUACAAAUGGCGGCAUUGAUCGUCGCUCCGUUCGAAUAACCGAGAGAGAAAGUGAGAGAAAAUCGCUUGCCGAGACAAAGAAUGCAAAUUAUUUCGACUAAGUGGAAUUUGAUCCUUUUGAAGCGGCACGAAGAGUGAGAGAGAGAAAAAAGAGAGAGAGAGAGAAAGGAAAGGUGGAAGGUGGGAGAUGAGAUAAUUAUGAGAUAUAAUCGACAAACCAAUCCUAAGGGAUCGUCGAUUAUGCAGAGUCGGCAGAACCACUGAACCCGCUGAACCAAUAAACGCACAGUGGUGGUACUCGUCCGGGUUGUCUGCCGGGUGGAAUCUUUAAAGGGAAUCGAUUGGUAAAGAUAUUGAUCGUGUGUACGAGAGAAACGGAAGACUCUUUAUCACAAUGAUGGUCAGGCCUUUGUGCAAUGUCUUCUCGGCGAGGCAGAUUAGCCUGUGCGUGCAGUCGCAGCUAUCAAGACGUAACCCAUAUUCGGGUAUCGGACAAUUGACACGCUUGUUAUCAUCGCAUCAUGUCUCAAAGAAUAUUGAGUUUCUCACACAAGAUAAUCGUAUCAUCUCGUCUAAGAAUGUUGCACGAAACAUAAGUGUGACAAACAAUCGUCCUUUGUUAGUUAUUCUUACCUGGCUGUUAUCAAAGCGACGACACGUUAUGAAGUUUGUUAAUUUAUACAUGGAACAAGGCUUCGACGUAGCAGUGGUAUCUCUCACGCCUUGGCAACUUAUGUGGCCUACGAAGGGCUCUAGACUAGUGGCAGCAGAUCUGCUGACUUUCUUAAAGCAGAACGAAAGCUACCAACAAAUUCUGUUACACGGAUUUUCGGUGGGCGGCUACAUGUGGGGUGAAGCUUUGGACUUGAUAGAAAGCAAUAAGGACCAGUACUGUAACAUUACAGACAGAAUUGUUGGACAGGUGUGGGACAGUAUAGCUGACGUCAGUCAGAUCGCAAUUGGUCUCCCUCGCGCGGUAUUCCCGAAAAACAUGGUGUUGCAGUCCAUGCUACAGAAAUAUGUCGAAUAUCAUAUGAAGACAUUCCAUCAGCAAGCGACACAAUAUUACAUUCGAUCCAGCCAGAUAUUUCAUUCUGCCAGUGUGCUACGCGUACCAGCAUUGCUGUUUGUAAGCAAAACCGACCCCGUCGGAGCUGUAACCAGCAAUUUAUCGGUGCGCGACAACUGGGAAUCUUUAGGCAUAAAGACGUACGUGAAGAUAUUCGACGAGUCGCCGCACGUUGCCCACUUCUACACGUAUCCCAAGGAAUACGUGGCCGAGCUCUACGCCUUCUUACAAAAGUUGAACUUAAUACAAAACGAAGAGAAGAUUAGAGCGCGUCUCUAAGUAUCUCGAAAGCGCGCCGCAGUGUUUUUUUUUACACACGUAGACGUAUUUUUUAUAUGCAGUUGCCUUUUCAAUUACAAUUUACUUCGUACAUUUGUAACAUUUAGCACCUGCCACAUAAUAUACAUAGACAAUAGAUGAUUUUUUUGUAUAUUUAAACUUGUAUGAAACUUUUGCAAUCGACGCGAAGUUUGAUGACACUGAAAUAAUACGGUUUUAAAAACGGUUUUAGAAAUAUAUAUUAAUAUAUAUAUCUUAAUCAUAUUUUUAUACAUUUUACCUUUGAAAUAAUUAUGCACAUAGCACAAAUAUGUGCAUUAUUAUCUUUUAUUACUUAAAUACAAAUUAAUAUAUUUGGGUCCAAGAUAUACAACGUAUUUUCAUAUCUUUUUUCUUUAAGAGAGAGAAAAGAGAUUUUCACACAUCUUUUUCUUUAACGAGUCUUAAGUUAAACAAGUACGGUGAAAAGAUAACAUUAGUAUUACUUAUUAUUGUAUCACGAGUUACAUGACAGAGGCAUAAGUGUGUUGUACAUUUGGUGUGUCUUUUAUUACAUAUAUUUUAUUACAUA